GUAAAGACAUAUCUUAUCAACUAGAUGACAUAUAUAUUGUUCCCAAUCUCGUACAUCUAAUAUCUAUCUCGCAAAGUUAAAGUUAUAUUGUAAAGAGGGUUAAGGUACAUGUAAAGGUAAUAAUUAUGUCAACGGUGACUGCUAGCGAGGUAUCUAUCCGACAAAGUAAACCAGAAGAUGUGAAGCUUUUGAUGGAGUUUGCUGAAGAUUUUGAGUGGGAUCUAUCUAUGUAUGACCAUUUGUCAUACAUUAAAAUUGACCCAAAUUAUCUGAUUGUUGCUGCAGAUAGAAAUGACGAGCCAGUAGGCUUUUGUGGUGUAAGUCAGAAUGCUCCGAAUACUAUUUACUUUGGUAACUUCAUUGUGCGGAAAGAUCUCCGCAAAAAAGGGAUUGGACGGUUGCUAUGGACGGCCAUGUUAGAGAAGGCCGGCGAUCAGAAUAUCGUUCUGGAUGGCGGCCCAGACAUGGCAGACUGGUACAUAGCACAUGGAUUUCCCUUCCAGGCUUAUAAAGUCCAAUUUUGCGUGGUAAAAGUUACAAGCGACAUGAAACAAAGUAUUCAGUCGUCAUAUGAUACUGUGACACUUACUGAAAACAUGUGGCCCGCUUUAAUGGAAUAUGAUAGGCAAGUGUAUCCAACCUUUGACCGAACGAGGAUUUUACGUGCCUGGUUUUCGGGAGAACUUGUUCGCGUUGCUGUUGCUAUGAAAGCUGGGAAAAUUGUAGGAUAUGGUAGCAUUCAUAGGAAACCGAACAAUGAAUAUGGACUUCGAAAUGUCUUUGGCGACAACGAAGAUGUCAUUGAAGCUCUUUUGUACAAUAUGCUUUCAGGAUUACCAAUAGGAACCGUUGUUCAUUUCAUGAUAUUAGAAGACAAGCCUUUACCGAAAUACAUUCAUCAUAGCGUGCCGGUUGAGGAAACUGCUAUUCGAAUGUUUAACAAGGUCAAAAUUGAAACCAACACUGAUAAGAUAUGGCUGGCAACUGCACAUAUAGUUUAGUAUAGGGUGUUGUUUGGAUUCUUUAUUUUGAUAUAUGAAUGAUGUUUAAAGAUACGUAGACUAGUUCUACAGUUUUGAUACGUUUAGUAUAGUGAAACUUGUGCCAUUGUAAACAGUAAAACUAUCCACUACAAACUGUACUAAUAAAAAUGUGUGACAUGACGUAAUAGAAAAGGUCCAAUAUUUUAUAACCAUUGAAACACACUAUCGGUCUAUUUGGUGUCUCGAUUUCUCUAAUGCAAUAACAUUACUAUCUUCAAAAUCGAGCAUUUUAGGGGUUUCAUGGAUACAUGUUUUAUUUAUGCAUUUCCGGGGCCUACAGUAAUUUACAUGUCGAGCGGACAUUUACAAGUGUAGCAUUCGUGUCAUGUGGUGAUUUCUUAAUAUUAGAUAUUAUGUAAAGCAAGUGCGACUCCUCUUUUCUUCGAUAUAAUCGGUAUACAAUGAAAACUUUAGCUUUACACGGCACAUUGUCUUUUAACAGCGUGUAGGUAUAGCGAGGUGCCUACAGAACACAACAACAGAGAGAUCAUUGAAGAAGACACACCGAGGAUUCAAUUAAUUUAUCCCAGUACCUUGAUAAGAAAGUUAUUGCAACUACCCUGUCAAGACGGAUAAAUUAUUAAAAAGAAAACGUUUGAAGUUCAUAGACAAAAGAAGAGUUGCAGAAUUUCAAGAAGGUUUCGAGCUAUAGGGCCAGCGCAUAGGAGUUUUACCUUAGACGAUAGCAAAUAUAGGCUAGGCAUCGGAAUGCUAAGACAGAGACCCAGAGUUUGGUAAUCUACUGAGAUAGUAGGAAAGUUCCAGCUUAUAGACGGUUUAGCGUUAUUGGCGAAGUACAGCCAAGGUAUCAGGGAUAUACGUAUAUGGUAGUUGAAUGCUACAUGUGAUAGCAUAUAGGCGCUGAGCAUCAUGGAAUCAGGGCAAUCAUAUAAGUUGCAACUUCAAUUAAGAGGACAGAGUCCGAGCAUCUAUGCAAUAGGACUAAUAUGUUGUUGAUUCAAAGACAUUGUCUGACGGAAACUUCAACAAAAAGACUAGUCAAGUAUAGAGUCUCCAGCCUAUAGGAGUUUGAGCUAAUUAUUAAAAUCGAAGAUUGUUAGUUUUAAACAUUUAGUGAUUUGCCUGAUCCCUGAAAUUAUAUAGCCUAUAAUAGAAAUCAUUUACGAGUCAUUGGUACACGAAUCAUUUAGGCAAGGUAGCCAGAGGAAAAUUUAUGUAUGAGGUAUUUGGUCUCACCAGCUUUACGUUUUAACAAAGGACAUUCUGUAUCGUUUGUCAGCUAGUCUAAGACAUAGUCCCCUUAGCGAUUGGACCCAUUUCAAUGUUCAAGAUACUAAAGGCACUUCCCUGGGUCAUAUAACCCGUAUCCUGACAAAGGAUAAUGUACUGGUAAAUAUCUUCUUUUAUGAUUUUCAAGAGAAAAAACGGACAAGAAAUUGAUAUUCUGAUCUAUGAAAAGUUAAUACUGUUUUAUCUACAGGAAAAAAUAUGUCGUAUAAAUUUACAUAUUGAAAAGUACAAAGUAGGUCAUGAAAAUCUGAUGCCAAGAAUACGAGACUGAUCUAAGCCGGGAUGCCAACCAGAUAUUGGAAAUCCAAAAUGAAUGCUAAGCCUCGACAAAAAACAUGUGUUUACGGUUACCUGAUUAACCCUAAAAUUGUGCCCCAACCGUAACGGGUUUUCCACUCAAAUAGGAAGAAGAAACUGCUCGAGGAUUGAUUAAAAUCGUUGAGUAGAAUCAAAUAAUCAUCGCGUUGCAGGCAAACAGAUGUUAAAUGACUCAAUGUAUUCUGAUACGUUCGGUAUGCUGCUUUUGCGUCGGAAAUUUCAUUGUUGCUUUUUAAUUACCUAAUUGAUUCUCGCAUAUAGCAUAUAACCCAGGACUAUUUAUAAAAGAAAGAGUACAGUAAACGUAUUCUUGUUGUAAAAUUUUUUACUCAGAACAAUAGAAUUUCCUGUAUGUUUAGACGUUGUUUGAGUAUAAUUAGGUAUUGGUUGUCCUGACACAAAAUAUAUAAAAGUCGCAUAUAAUAUGUUUAUUGCUGAUACAGAUGCUCAUCCAAAAAUAUGGGUAACAAAAAUUAAACUUUCACUGUCAAAUAUGGCUUUUACGAAGUUUAGCUGAAUCAAGGUGUCUGGUAAAUAGUUUUCUCUCAGUUGUAAAGCAACGAUUAACAGAUAUGUCGCAUUCUUUGGAAUUAAAUCCUAAUUAAAAUGCCGCAAUGCCGCAAAUGUUUUGAAAUACAGUAUUGCCUUAUCAAAAUUAAAAAUGUCCUCUCAUAGACUAGAACUAGAAUGGAGCCGAUGGAAGAAACCUCAGUGUACCGUUUCGUGAAAGGAAAUGAUAAAUAUGCACUACAUUAGAAGAUGAUUACCAUUUUGUUAUAGAAUAUUCACCUAAAGGAGUGUGGUGUGUAUUUUGCUUGGUCCAAACCCAAAUGAGUCAAGCAUUUCCUUACAACGGAGCGUAUAUAUAGGGUUUAGCUAUACAGUUGACGGCCAUGUUUGCGGUUGAAAAGUUGACCCGGUUUGGGUGUUCUUUUACGUAGGAAUCUGAGUAAUGCCCUCACAGGGCAUAUUUUGAUGUCUUAAAUUCUUUUAAGAACUACUGUGGAAGGUUUUCUAUCGAAAUGUUUAUAUUUCGACAUACGUAUAAUGGCUUUCUUGUAAGUACUGCCUGUUUUGUGGAAAGUAAUGUUGUACCUUUGUAUGACAUUACUUCUACCUGUUCUAGUUAGCGCAAUCUCACCGAAUCUCAACGGGCCAAAGAAGGAUACAAUGAAUAUGUCACAGAAAAAGGUGUUUGUCAUACGAAGAGGUUACCGCCUUUUUCAGUGCUUCUGUAAGGGUUUCCAAGAAUCGGGGCGUAACUGGAAGUCGUGAAUCAGUUGAAGCAGAAUUUGUUCUUAUCCCAUACAUUAAUUUUGAAACUACAAAUGUAUCUGUUGGGUUCUGGUACUGAUUGAUUUUGUGAAACUAUGCCAAAUCUGACAAUUUUGUCCGAAUAGUGGAAUGACGGAAACCUUGUUUGUGACAGAAAGCAGUGUAUUAAGCUAUUUUAUACUCAGAAAUAGGAAAAUAAUAUUUUCCGGGGUAAGCAUGUGAUGAGAAUUCGCAAUAAUGUCUAAACGCAUUCUUACACGAUUGUUUUGUGGCCAACGAUAAAGAAUCGUUUAAAAGAUCUAAAACUGUUUGGUCGAGGACAAAACUAAUACUAUUGACUCUACGUCUGUGGGGUCUUUAUCCAUGUUUGGUUCAGCUCCCUUUGAACUGUUCGAUCUGUAAUCGUGAUAGAAAAUCAGGAAACAAUUUAAUUUCCCACAGCCUAGCUUUUACAAGAAUGUUAUAUUUCAUGCAAAGUAUCACAAAGCAUCUAACCAAAUACAUUAAAUGAUGGUCUUUGGAAGUUUGUUUGUUUAAAAUAUACACAGCAUGUGCCAGGUGCAUCUGUAAAGAGAUGUACUUGAUUGUCGGUGACCCAUUUACCAUCUAAGAGAAGAUUUCUCCUAUUGAAAUAGUCAGCAAAUAUUGACCAUGCUCAGAUGUCUUUUCUGUUCUCUGCAUUAAGAGUAAUCCUAUGUUUCGGGUUGGAAACCUUUCUUGUCAGAUCAAUUAAUCUCUUUAGAAACAUCUGACAGGAGUGACUACAAUGCAAAAGAAAUUUUGUAAGCCAAGUAGUCUUUGCAAUUCUUGUAGUAUUAUUUUCUUUCGUUUGGCAUGGGCUGAAAACAGAUUUCUAAGUUAAACAAGUUUUUCCUGUGGUAACCGAGCAACCAUAUUGAUAGAGUCUAGCUCAAAAGCCAUAAAGGUUAUUAUUUUGCAAAAGGCUGUUGUGUUUGUUCAUCCUUGAUCGAGACCCCAACUGAAUUGCACAUGGAUAGAAAUUUAUCUAGAUGACGUUUGCAUGCAUUUGUAUCAGAUGGACCCAUCUAGUAUGUGUAUAAUGUUUGGGAUACCAAGUUUACUUCUUUGCAAUCCAUUCAAGGCCCGAGCUAAAACAAAAUACUAAGUAUAUAAAAGUAAGUCGCAUAUAACUGAAAAUAGCACAAUUGUUGGAAGCCACCCGUAGACAGACAUUUGUCAGAGUAAACCUGGUUUUUAAAAUUUAAAUUUGAAAUCUAAAAGGCUGUAAUCAUCUGGUUGUAUGGAUAUGAGUCUAUAUGCAUUAGCAAUAUCUGUUUUACAGAAAAAUGCUCCCGGGCCAAAUUUAAGGAGGAGAUUAACCGCAUCGUCAAAAGAUGCAUAUAAAACUGUUGCCUGAUUUGGAUCUAUUAUUUACUGACUAAUUCUAAAUAAAACUAAUUCCAAUAAAACUAUUGUUAUGCUUUGUAAACCAGGUAAUAGGUCUGAAAAUCAAAAAUUGCAAAUUGUUAAAACGUUUACAUAUCUUGGAGUAACUAUUUCUUCUAAUGGUCGUUCUUUCUAAGCACAGAAUGUAUUAUCAAAUCAAGCACUUAAAGUGCUGUUUUCACUGAAUACGUUAUUCGACAUAGUUUCGCUGGAAUUACACGAUGAACAAAGCACCGGGUAUUGAGCGAGUGCAUAUUUUUUGUUCAAUGGACCUCAUUGGAAAUAAGCUUUUAGCUUAAUGGGUUAUCCAUAGGUCCCUAGCAUUUUAAUAACACAGUUUCUUUUUUAGCAAUGACAUUUGGUAUCAUUAUCAUAUUAAAAGUAUGCAAAUUGUGAUACUGUGCUAUUUAAUGUAAUCGAAUUGUGAUUGUGAAUUUGUUUUUUUUUUUUUUUUUUAGAAAAUAUGUUUUAUGAAACCAUGUCUGUGAUAUUUAUGUAUUGUAAUGUGUUCUUUUAUGCUGUGACUUAAAUGUAAAUAAAAUAAAAUAACAAUUGUUAGGUGUUAGACAACAAAUGUGUACGUCGAACUAGGAAGAUACACUUUACAUGUUUACAGAAAAAAAAGAAUAAUAAAAUAUUGGUAGAGAUUACAAAC